UUGGGAACGUAUCAAAAGAACAGGCAUUGUAUGCAAAGAAACCAGCUGGUUAAUACUACCUCCUGAGGAAGACAUUGAUUAUUGGAAAUGACCUUCACAGUCCGCAGACUUGUAAGAAUUAUAUUCUGUCAUCGAUUGAGUGGACUGUCGCCACUGAAUUCAUACUACCUUAACGACUAAGUGGCUACAGACUAAAAGCCCAUUUAUUGAUAGUAAACAUUAAUUGCAUCACAUUUUAUGACAAUCUACAUUAUCUACCUCGCGGUAUUAUGUGUGAGAGUUAGCGCAUGGGAUUCUGGAGAACUCCAAAUGUUUGAUUUAGUUGAAGAAGUCAAGGAAAAUUUCUAUGAUUUUCUUGGAGUUCCUCAGACUGCUGAUAUUCCUGAAAUAAAACGUGCUUAUCGAAAGUUGUCCACAAAACUCCAUCCGGACAGGAACCCAGAUGAUCCUACUGCAGAACAGCAGUUUCGGAGGCUUGUAGGUAUUUAUGAAGUCCUUAAAGAUCCGGAGUUACGUGCUAAAUAUGAUGAAGUGCUAGUAAAUGGUUUGCCCAGUUGGCGAACCCCAGUAUUUUACUUUAGGAAGCUCCGCAAAAUGUCUAACUACGAACUUUUUGGAUUGUUUUUCGGAAUGGCUACCGUAAUUCAUUAUGCAGCACUUUGGGGCUCAGUUUUUGAAAAGCGGCUUACUUUGGAAGAUCAACUCAGCACUUCUUUAAAACGUCACAAAGCCCGCGAUCGAAGGUUGGAACUAAUAAACCAAGAGAUAUCAGAUGAACUUCGGAAGAUUCCUGGUCCUGGAUGGCUUGAUUUGCUGCCGUUCUCUAUCGUCAGAUGGGUACAUGCUAUCAUCAGAUUUAUCCCCAUUCUCGUUGAAUUCAUUAAUGAGAAGGUUUCCGAGAAAAUAAAGGAACGUCGUGAACUAAAAGAAGAAGUUCGAAUUCUUCAAGAAAAAAAAGAAAAGCUUAAGGCCGAUAAACAAGAACGUAAACGUCGCUUAGUACACGAGCAAGCAAUCCUUAAAGAAGUUGUGAAGGAGGCUGGCCAAUCAACUUUAAAUUCAGUGCUCACAGAUAUCCCUAAUAUUGAAAAUGAAAGUUCUGAUGAUGAUUCAAAAAGUAAAGCAAAAGAUCCUGCUUUUCGAGAAUGGUCAGAAGCGGAUAGAGACAACUUAGUGCGUGCCGUGAUUCGAUAUCCUGGAGGUGUUCCUGGAAGAUGGGAGCGUAUCGCAGAAUCUUUGGGUCGUAGUGUACCUGAUGUUAUUCGAAAAGCGAAAUCUAUGAGUAAAGAGUUGAUGUCUAUUUCUCAAAAAAAUAUAAAUGUUGAUGAAAUUCCAACUUUUGAAACGAAUGUAAAUAAUUUUUGUGGUGAAACUGAUUCUGAACAAUGUGACAGUAAAUCGGACGAAUCAGACGAAGAACAACAUAAAAAGAAACGAACUCAGAAACGUUUAUUAAGACGAAAAGAACCAUUUGUUACCAAUCAAACAAGUGAGGAAAAUCAACUGAAUACGAAUGAUGACUUGUCCUCGGAUGUCGUCAUAGUUGACGAACCGUAUAUUAGCCGGAAGAAACUUAAACAACAGAAAGAUGAAGCAGCAUCCAAAUCUGCAGAACCUAAACUUAUCAAAAGUAAUGAUGGGUGGACUAAAGUAGAACAGCAACAGUUGGAAAUCGCUAUACGCUCCAUUGGUAAAGGGACUCCUGAGCGGUGGGAUCGUAUCACAGAAUGUAUCCCAACAAGAACGAAGGUAGAAGUGAUGGCUCAUGUGAAGUAUUUGUCAACCCUUGUUCAACAAAAACAGUGAACUAUCCUUUAUUAUGGAUUGAAUGCUUUGGACAUAAGCUUAUAAAACGCCUACGUAUCGGACUGUGAUCGUCAUACUUUAAUUGUGUAAUAUGAUCUUUGUACUUAUAGUAGAAUUGUAAAUUAUAUUUUGGAAGAAUUUGUAUUCAGUGAUACUUGUUCUUAAUUAAAACAUAAAUUCCCACCCGUUACUUAAAUGUCACCGUUACUGUGAAAUUAAGAUGAGAUUACAGGAAAGAUAAGUCAAAUCUUGUGUACUGUAUACCAAAUACAGUUCAUAAUAAUAAUACUUUAGGAUGCGUACCAAAAAUAUCGUAUUGAAUCUUAAAACUUAUUUUUCACAAUACUUUUUUG